UAUCAAGAAACAGUUGACUGUCAUUCAAGAUGCUCUCCUAACUAUCUUACCAUCUUCUCACUAAGAUUACUGACUUUAACACUAUUAUCUUUUCAGUGGACUUUGUUCCCCAUGCCAGUAUGGACACAGCCCACCACAUGAUUUUAUACGGCUGCAAAACCCCUUAUGCCACCCAAGGAUACUGGGAUUGUGGGAAAGAGCUGGGGACGUGUCGGGAUCAGGCCAAGAUCAUGUAUGCCUGGGCCAGGAAUGCUCCUCCAACCAAACUCCCCAAAGAUGUUGGCUUUAAAGUUGGAGGAGACACCAGAAUUAACUACUUUGUGCUUCAAAUUCACUAUGGGGAUGUCACAAAUUUUAGAGGUAAGCACUGA